AUGGCAAAAAUCACUAACGAUGCUGGCGAAACGUCUGAGAAUGUACCAAGUCCACUGUCUGAUGCUGGGAGUCAUGACAACUACUAUGGCAGAGAACUUCGGAUAAGAAUAAGUUCCAGCUCUGUUAAUGUCUAUCAUACGACGAAGGAAAGUUCAGUCCGUUUUCACCCGAAGCAAGGGAGGAUGUCUCGUGGACUACGUCAACUUGAACGCCAAACGGCUGCAGUACAGCAGGAAUCAGCCAUCGUCUUCUGGUGA